AUGCUCGCCGACAUCCACGGCCCCAACCUGACCAUACGCGGAGCCCCGACUACGGAAGAGGACGAGCGAUCGCUGGUCAAGGCUCUGGAUGAUGUUCUUCAUGCUGCAGAGGGCCAUGGGCCCUCCCUGGCCAAGGAAGCCGCCAGACUAUGCCGACUUCCUCGCUUUCACUUUUUCCCGCAGAUCUAUGCCGCGACCUGGGACAGAUGCCUCAUGCCUCGCUUUCGCCGCCUUCCCUUCGAGCUCCUCACACAGGACCAUCUGCCAAAGCUAUUUGGAGAUGUGAGUGCCGCCCUGCGGGUGCUUCACUCGAAUAACAUCGUCCACGCCGACGUGCACCUGGACAACAUCAUGCUUAGACCCUGGCCUCCAGGCUUUGUCCUCAUCGACCUCGCGUCUUGCACAGCAGAGUCUGUGUAUCUGCUUGAGCUAGGAUUCGGUGUCCCCGGCAAAGGUGGAGCCCUGUUUACCCCUCCGCAUGAGCAACUUCGUCCACCGAUGCGCACUCCGGCUGGCGACUUCUACCGCUUCGCCAAGCACAUUCGCAAGGAGAUUGAGUUACCGUCUGCUCCAAAGAGUCUGAACAGGGACGGCGAGUUUGCUCCAGAACCUGAUGGGGAAGAUGAU